UGCCAUUCACAUACACUCGCUCAUAGUUCUUGGUCCGCCUGCGAGACACCGAAAACGUAUACGAUGACAGGUAUGGGCCCAGUGUGCAAACCUGGGAGCGUGGAUCCAGCUCAUCUCUUCGCUUGUUAUAACUGCAGUGCCGUGAGAGACAGUCUUUGGAUUGUUUCGUAUGUUGUCGACGUCAGCGCGAUCGACGAGUGCUUGUGCUGUGUUGAAUGCUUAGUCAGAAACUUCAGCGACCCAGCAUUCAGUCGGGAACACAAAAUUUCCCUGAGGUGCGGUGGUGACGGUUGUGCUCUGAAGCUUGACACCUGGACCAAGUCUCCCGAGCUAGUGAUCUCGUUCCUGAAAGAACACACGGAGAAGUGUCCCUUCCGACCGAUAUUUUGUCCCCGAGGCUGCAAGGUCGUCAUACGGCGUCAAGAUCAAAGUUUCCACGAGGCAGACUGCAUGAUCAAGAGCACUCCGGAGGAGAGAGAAGCGCUGAAAAUGGAAGAGCUCGAGAAACGGCUCAUCCUCCCGCCCGUGAAAAUGCGCUAUCAGAAAAUGGCCGACGUUCCUCUGAAGCGUCGAGACUCGUGGAACAGCUCAUCGACUCCCGAAACACCUCAUGAAACCCUGCGGCGAGAGGCAUUGAACGUAUCACGGCGAGGCUCGGCAGCUGUCCUGACAUCUGAAGAAAGCCUCAGUUUCUCAGACGACAAACUUAAAGAAACUCCGAGCUUCCUCAGGAAGUCCUCUCUCGUCAGCCCCUCAUGGAGUCGACCUGAGACCCCAGGUGUCAACGGCAGACUAUCAGACGAAACCUUGGAGCAGCUCGAGAAAGCUCGCAUUGCACUCGAGCAGCAGCAGCUGGACGUCGUCGAUGGCUAUAGUUUCUUGCCAGAAGUUUUCGCGCAGAAAAUCAACAGCGAGGAUAUGCCCCUGAGGAGUCGAGUGGAAAAAUUGGAAGACGUGCUCGCGACUACGAAGGCGCAACUAGAGAAAGCGUUCGUGGAGAUCCGGAACCUGAGAGCACUCUUAGCCUCCGAGAACAAGCUACGAGAACUUCACGUGAACAAGCUCCGCGACGAAGUCGAACUCCUGAAGGGCUUUAUUUACAACAGCACGAAGCAGCAAUCACCCGAUGCGGGUUGCGACAAUUAGCCAGGGGAGCCGUCCUCGAUGAACGAAUUUCGACAUCUAGCUUGCCAUCAGUUGCCACAUACUGUAUAGUCAAGAUUCUGAGUGUGGCUCAAUUCUGUGCUAUACUUGCCUCGGGAAGCAGGGGCAGCCUAAUCGCUGAACCCGCUCAGAUCACUGUUGAUAAUUAUUGCACUCUCUAUCCACCCCAUCUAUUGAAAAUAGCCGAAUGUCUUUGUCCUGUUGAGAUAUCGUAUCCGGAAUAAACUAAAGUGAAUGAA